UCUUUACGGAGUGUUUGUGAAGAAAAGCUUUGAAUCGACUAGUCCGGGAUGAAGUUAUUUUAACCAAAUUAUCAUUGAAAUAAGUCCAAUAAUGAAAUAGGUUGUAAAUACUAAAUAGGACGAGGGGGUGCAGUUUAAGUACUGUAUAUGGGAACAUGUUUCUACAGAAAACUUUCUGUUUCCGUACACUGAUGAAUUUGGCGGUAGAAAAUUUGCAGCUCACAUUAGCUAUAAUUAAACCACACGUAAUCAAAGUACCUUAUGCCUUACAGGAUAUUCGAGAUAAAAUAUUGGCCAAAGGAUUUUAUGUUGUGAGGAAUAAACGAGUUCAUCUAAGUGAAGCACAAGUGGAAGAAUUCUAUGCAGAACAUAAAGAAAAAUUCUUUUAUCAUCGCCUUAUUACAUUCAUGCAAAGUGGUCCCUGUGAUGUGUAUGUUUUAGCGAGAAAGAAUGCCAUUCAGGAAUGGAGGAAGUUAAUGGGACCUACAAAAGUUUAUCAAGCACAGUAUACUCAUCCUGACAGUAUUAGGGGAUGUUAUGGUUUAUCAGAUACUCGAAAUGCUUCUCAUGGAUCAGACUCGCCAGAAGCAGCCCUCAAGGAAAUCAGUUUCUUUUUCAUGGAUAUUGAUAUAGGAAAAUGGUUUGCAGAAGAUGAACCACUGUACAAAGCCGGAUCUGUUGCAUUUAACACAGAGGAAUUUAUACAUACAGUAAAAAAUGAAAAACCAUCCUGUAAUAAUAACUACUGCCUCACAUCUUACUUACCACCAAUGCGGGAAUAGGACUAAUGAUAAUAUGUAUGUAACUUCUGUACAAAUCAGUCUCUUAUUUACAGUAUGUAAAAUUUUAUGAAAGGAUAUAGGGAUUCUUUGUGAUUCUAUAGAGAUUUUACAUACAGCAUUUUUAAUGCUAUGUAAAAAAGUGCAUUUGCAGAUACAUGUAGUUGUUAAUAUAUUUAGACAGAGUUUAUACUAGUGUGUGUGUGUGUGUGUGUGUGUGUGUGUGUGUGUGUGAUGAUAAAUAAUUUUUUAGAGUGCCAAAGAAAAAUACUGAUAAUAUAUAGGAAAUAAAUAUAUUAAAUGAAGAGAAGUACCAAUGGAAAUCUCCCUUAAUAUAAAAACAAUACAUAGUAUUGUUUUGGAAGCUUCUAACUGCUUUAACUGUGAUAGUUUAAAAAGUGCAUUUCACUUUGGAGCGAUAUAUCAGUGCAUGAAUAGACGUGACCAGUAACUGAUAAAAUUACAACAUCUGGGGCAACAAAAGCCAGAAAACUGGUUUUAUGGAAUCAGAGGUUCUAGGUGCUACUUCAGACUUGGUGUUUGUCUUACAACUCAAGGUUCCAAAUGAAUUAUUUUCUGCAUUGCGUAUUUUCUUUCUUGUGUACAUUUUUCUUGUCUGAUUCUCAAUAGGAGAAUUCUUCUUUAUGCUAUCCUCAGAUGUUAUAAUUUCAGAAGAUGGUAACUAAAUACUUUUUAUGCCUAUGAACUUAGUCUGUAGCUAUAUAUGAUUUUAGCCUUCAUGUAAUGUAAUCAAGAAAUAUUUGUUAUUUCAUUGAUAAAAUAUUAUAUUUGUUACAUUUUUAUGUUUAAAAAUUAUAAUGACACAUGUGAAAUGCUGUCUUUUCUUAUUUUGUACUUGAGACCUAAAAAUGAUGAUUUGGCUUCCAUAUACAAGGGUUAUUCAGAAAGUAAGGAACGAUCAGUCGCGAAGUGGAAAAUACAGUGAAAAUCAGAUGAAGCUUUGUACAUAUGCAUUGGGCACUGUGUCUAGUAUGCCCGGCGACAGCAUCAUGUCCCUCUUUUGAGUUCUGAGCUCACAGUGAGAAAGUAAAGAUGGCUAGAAUUUAGCGUCUCCUGCCAAGUAUGAGGGCCUGGUGAAAGAUUUCGCCUGAAGCUAUGCAAUCCACAUAACAUAACUGUCAUGUGGUUCGUUCUUCACAAUAAUUCUUGACCACACUCUGCAGGGGCGAUGAAGAUGCUCCUGCAGCAUUUUCCAUGGGAAGUAUUUGAUCACCCACAAUACAACCUGUAAUGGGCUACCCCUGAGGUUCAUCUCUGCUCAAAUGAACUGCUGGUUAUGAAGACAAUAUUUUGACACAGACAACGAGCUGCAGUCCAGAAUAGAAAAUUGUCGAAAGCCAAUGGCAGCUGUCUUCUAUAACGAUGGAAUUGAAAAGUUGGUACAAUGCUACAACAGAUGUCUAAGUCUGAGCAGUGACUGUGUAGAGAAGUAGCUAACCAUUGCAAAUAAAACAAUUUUGAUUUCCACUGUGGUUUCCAUUUUGUGACCUAUUGUUCCUUACUUUCUGAAUAGCCCUCAUACGAAGGAAAAUACAUUCUUGAUAAAUGCUGAGCAAAUGAUUAAAAUGUACAUAGUUGAGAGAUAUUCUCAAUGAAUAACUUGUAAGUAGUUGUGUUGUACUUUAAUACCCGAACACUUGUGUGGGAUUAACAUUACAUUUAAAAAUUUGCAGUAUUUCAGUGCUCCGUGAGAUAAUGAAUUUAAAUGCAUAUUUUUAUCCUUUAUAUAUUUUAUCAUUAGGUCUAACACUCUUAUCCUUCCGUAAGAUACUUUCCCAGAAGUUAACCAGCACUUACUUAUCCUUACUUCUGCUCGAUUUUAGUUGACACCAAGACAUCAUGUACUGUAGAAAGAAUAAAAUCUUCCACCUGUAUUGUCCUUAUUAAUCCAUUUCCAAUGUUCUUCCCGUAAUUUCUCUCAGAGUGCUGUGAACUAGUCAUUGUUUAUGAUUAUGUUGUUGUUGUUGUUGUCUCUAAAAACAAAUUGUCAGUUGGAGUCACAGUAUGUCCUGCAAUCAGUCUAGGGAAAUUUAUUGUGGCAAAUAAUCUAAAGUUGUGCAACAACAGCUAUAUGUAUCAUCUGUCAGUGCUGUUUGACAGGAAAACAAUAGUAAAGUAUCCACAAACAGUGAUUCUCGUUACAUUUGCAUAACUUUAUUAAAACUGUCCCUAACUCUUUUAAAUGAAAUUUAAGAUAUAUUCUGCUGGUGGUCUGAAAACUGCCAGUGGUACUUGCUUGUGUAUUUCCUGAUCCACUAUUGUGGCACACUUUCAAACUGUUGUUCAACACAAUAUUUAUUAACCUGAAGAGCUUGGCACUUUACUUCAUUUUCUGCACAUACAACCACUCCAUUCCUCUUACUGGUCCUCAAGUUGUAUUAUAUUGGCUUAUGUCCAUCAAGAUGAGUCUGUUCAAUUCCAGUGAUUUCCAUGUGAUGUUCUGGUAUGCACAACACACAUCUACUGACUUCAGGCUUUUUCUUAAAGCCUGUUCAUUCAUAAGCAUUUCCCUCUUUAAACAUCUUGGGUAUGAGAAAUGACACACUGAGUUUUGACCAAAAGAUUUGACACCAUUGUUAUAGCUUUUGUAGAAUCAAACUCGGUUGAAGUUACAGCUCUUCGCUGACUGAGUAAAAGUAGUGGGAAAUAGUUGGUUGGUCUUUUCUAAUGUUCAAACCAAU